ACUAAACAUAUAAUAUCUUCGUGCUUUUGUCGAAGAACCACUUAGAGAGAAACCAAUGGAGGCAAUGAAAAUGAGACUCAUUUUGACGGUUUUGGUGGCGACGAUGGCUUUCUCAGCCAUGCAACAGGCUUCCGCGGUGGAGGCUCCGGCUCCGAGUCCUACCUCCGACGCUUCCUUGUCCAUCCCUGCUUUCUUCGCCUCUGUUGCCACUUUGGCCUUUGGGUUUCUUUUCUAAAACAUAUCUCUUUAAUUUGUCUUUUUCAUUUUACGACAAUCAUAUUCUUUGAUUGUUGUUGUUUUUUUUUUUUUCCUUGUUCUCGCUUAUGUAUUAUUUUUCUACGUAAGAUUUUUCCACAUCCUAAUAUCAAUAAAAUAAUUCUCUGUCACCUUUUUAA